GACAGCAAGAACAGGACAGCCAGACAGGCAGGCCGUACGGGGGACUAGCACCUCAACUUCUCUUCCUAGGAAUCUGUCCGUAUCCCAGGGGCCAUAAGCCAAGCUGAGCGAUGGGUACUGAGGAGGAGGUGCUGGUCACACUGUUGGGGGGAGCCCCCUGGGGCUUCCGACUUCAUGGGGGGGCCGAGCAGAGGAAACCUUUACAGGUGUCCAAGAUCCGGAGGCGGAGCCAGGCUGGCCGGGCAGGACUCCGAGAGAAGGACCAGCUUGUGGCUAUCAAUGGGGUCUCCUGCAUCGGCCUCUCUCAUGCAAGUGCCAUGAGCCUCGUUGAUGCCUCAGAGAAUCAGCUGGUCCUCACUGUCAGGCGGGUAGGGGAAGAAGGCCCUGUACGAUCGCCAUCCCCUCGUGAGCUUCAGGUACUGUCACCCUUGUCUCCAAUGAGUCCCGAGCCCCCUGGUGCUCCAGUUCCCCAGUCUCUACAGCCUGGGAGCCUUCGCUCACCUCCUGACAGUGAGGCUUACUACGGAGAGACCGACAGUGAUGUGGAUGGCUCUGCCACCCACGAGAAACCCCGCCGCCCCCGCCGCCGAGGUCCUGCGAGGCCCACCCCUCCAGGAGCUCCACCUGAUGAGGUCUACCUAUCUGAUAGUCCCGCAGAACCACCCCCUGCUGCCCCUGGCCCUCCUAGCCAGGGGGACAGCCGUGUAAGCUCGCCAUCUUGGGAGGAUGGGGCAGUCCUUCAGCCACCUUCAGCAGAGGCCCUGCUGUUGCCCCACGGACCCCUCCGGCCUGGGCCUGACCUCAUUCCUAUGGUGGGACCUGUACCCCACCCAGUGGCAGAAGAUCUCACUACCACCUACGUCCAGAAAGCCAAGCAAGCCAAACUGCAACACGCUGAGAGCCUCCAAGAGAAGAGUGUGAAAGAGGCCAAGACCAAAUGCCGGACGAUAGCCUCCCUGCUAACGGCCGCCCCCAACCCCCACUCCAAGGGGGUGCUUAUGUUUAAGAAACGGCGGCAGAGAGCCAAGAAAUACACGCUAGUGAGCUUUGGGGCUGCGACUGGGACCGGCACUGAGGAGGAGGACGGUGUCCCUCCGACAAGCGAGUCGGAGCUGGACGAAGAGGCCUUCUCGGACGCGCGCAGUCUCACCAAUCAGACGGACUGGGACAGCGCCUAUCUGGACAUGGAGCUGGCCAGGCCGGGCUCAGCGGCGGCAGAGGGCCAGGGCCCCGGGCGGGGAGGGCAGCUGAGCGAGGCCUCUGGGCCAGGGGCCCGGCUCUUUGAACAGCAGCGGCAGCGGACAGCCUCCAGCACCCAGGAGCUGGCCCAGGACGGGCCACCGGCCAUGCCUAACGGGCAAGGCCUCCAGUCACCCCUCCGUCCCCAGAGUGCGCCCCCGGAGGUGGCGGUGCUCCCACUCAGCCCCGUGCCGGCGCUCGCAGCCAGCCCCAGACUCUUUCUUCCCGGUGGGGGGGGCCCCUCGCCAGCUCCAGGGCUCUUUAACCGAUCGGCCAGGCCAUUUACUCCAGGCUUACAAGGCAGGAGGUCAGGUACCACCUCGGUUCUUUUCCGGCCCCUAGCCCCCAAGAGGGCGAGUGAAAGUGUAGGAGGCCUCACUCCCGUCCCACCCCCCUUCUUGUGCUCUCCACAGGGGCCCGCCCCCACCCCUCUGCCCAGUUUCACUCCAGGGGUUCCCGGUCAUGGACCAGCUCCUGGCUCCCCCGCCACACCGCGCUCGUCGGGCCCCGUGACGGCCACCAGCUCCCUGUACAUCCCGGCCCCCAGUCGCCCAGUUACUCCAGGCGCAGCCCCAGAGCCUCCCACUCCCCCUAGCGCUGCGGCCAUGACUUCUACCGCUUCCAUCUUCCUGUCGGCGCCUCUGAGGCCAACAGGGCGCCCAGAAGCAGCGGGCCCGAGCCCAGCUGCACCCGAGCCCCCCAGCGCGCGGGAGCAGCGCAUCUCGGUGCCAGCUGCCCGCACCGGCAUCCUGCAGGAGGCCCGGCGCCGGGGCACUCGGAAGCAGAUGUUCCGGCCAGGAAACGAGGAGACCAAGAACUCGCCCAACCCCGAGCUGCUGUCUCUGGUGCAAAACCUGGAUGAGAAACCCCGGGCCCCGGGGGCCGAAUCUGGUCCCGAGGAGGACGUUCUCAGCCUCGGGGCGGAAGCUUGCAACUUCAUGCAGCCACCAGGGGGCAGGAGCUACAAGGCCCCGCCUCCCGCGACACCCAAAGCCCCGCCUCCAAUGGCUCCUAAGACCCCACCCCCUAUGGCACCUAAGACUCCACCCCCGGUAGCUCCUAAGCCCUUCUCUCGAGGGUCCCUUGAUGGGCUGGUGAAUGGGGGAGUCUCUUCAUCUGGACUCCCUGAGCCACCAAGGCUGCAGGGUAGGGGUGGGGAGCUCUUUGCGAAACGGCAGAGCCGCGCAGACAGGUAUGUGGUGGAGGCUACACCUGGCCCUGGCCUUGGCUCUGGCCCGCGACCCAGAAGCCCCUCUCCAACUCCUUCAUUGCCCCCAUCCUGGAAAUACUCACCCAAUAUCCGCGCUCCACCUCCCAUUGCCUACAACCCACUUCUCUCACCCUUUUUCCCUCAGGCUGCCAGGACUCUCCCUGGCAAGUCUCAAUCCCAGGGGCCCCGGGCAACCCCCAAACAGGGAAUCAAGGUUCUUGAUUUCAUGAGGCACCAGCCCUAUCAACUUCAAACCGCCAUGUUCUGUUUUGACGAGGCUCCCCGCACUCCGGGUUCCACGGCUUCCGGGCCUCCCAAAACCGCCCGAGUCCAGGAGGUCCGCAGAUUUUCCACUCCGGCGCCGCAGCCCACUGCAGAGCCCCUGGCUCCCACAGUGCUGGCUUCUCGAGCAGCCACCAGCCUGGAUGAGCCCAUCUGGAGAACAGAGCUGGCCUCAGCCCCUGUCCCCAGCCCAGCCCCUACUCCAGAGUCGCCCAGGGGCCUCGGAACCUCCCCCAGUUCCUGCGGCUUCCAGGUAGCCAGGCCAAGGUUCUCAGCUACGAGAACUGGAUUGCAGGCUCACGUUUGGAGGCCUGGGGCAGGACACCAGUAAGCACAGCCCAGCUCCCAGGACCAAGGAGAGGUGGCAAGUCUUGUUCCUAAAGUUGCUCCCCCACCCCCCACCCCCACCUCUCCGAGGCACCUGGAGGCUUAAGCUCCCUGCGACCAGUAGUAGUUCUGGAGUUGAUAGCUCCUCCCCCUGGAGUUGAUAGCUCUUCGCCCAGCUUCCUACUCACUCUGUCUGGGUAUUUCCUUGCCUGGAUCGCUCUCUGUCUUGGUGCUCUUUCCUCCAAUAUGGGAUAGGUUUCUCUACCUUUUCGCUGUGGGCCUUGUACGACGUUCAGAGAGAAGUACGUAGAGAAGUUACCACUGGGACCUCCGGCAAAAUACUCGCCGCCAGAAAGACAGCAACGCAACAGCACGGAUGCCCGUUUGCACUCAACCCUGCCCCUAGUCCUCACUCUUUCCCAGGCACAUAGCUAGGCAUGUGUGGGUGUGCAUUUUGGUGCGUGCACUUUUAAGAUGGGAGUAAGAGGAAAGGUGUACAGGCCCAUCUGGGUUUUCCCCUUGAUGAACGAAGUGUCAGGGACUGGUCAGUGAGGAGAAAGAGUCACUGGAGGACAACUCUGUAGAGACCAGCAUCUGUAGCAGUUGCACAGCAUCUUGUGAAACGUAUGGGAUAUAAGGAUAUUGAAGGACCAGGAUAUCUUGCAUGGGCUGCUAUAGUAGCUAGUCUAACAAUUGAACUAAGAUUUCAGAAAAGUAUUGACUUGAGCCGCCCACACGGAGCAACGAGGACGUGGUAAAAUACAAGAUGUCUUCUGAGAACCAACAGUCAUUGGCGUCGUGGUCUCAGGACCCUAGGAGUCAGGAUGUGGAAAUAGGCAGAGACCAGAAGUGGAACAGACAUGGAUGAAGCAGAGUGUGGUGAGGGAGUGUGCAGAGUUCAGUUGGGUAACAAGAACCCAACAGCGUCCAUGGAGAAGAUUGGGGAAAGUUGGAGGGAGAAGAAUGUAUUUGUUAGCACAAUGAGGGGGGAUAACGGUAAGGGGAAUGUGAGGGUGCGUGCGCUAAAUGUUGAAGGAGUAGUUGGGAGUCUGUGUUGCCUCUGAGUCUGUCCCACAGUCUGCCAUGAUGACCUAGGCAGAGUUAAGUCCAGAGCCAAACCUCUUUUUAUUCCUACCCCAGCCCUUAACGCCCUGGCUUGUUUCUUUCCAGCUUCAGGCUCUGAUUUCUGACCCUGAAAGGGUACGAGCUCCCCUCAGCUAGACUCUCCCUAGCCAUGUUGGCUGCUUGACCUGGACACUUCCUUCCUUUUGCAUAUUAGGCGUGAGUCACGCACGGCACUUUGUUUUGUGCACAAGAAUAAAUGUAUGCCCCAGA